GCUGCCGCUGCCGCUGCUGCCGGACGUGCCACUCACUGGCUGUUUGGGCUGAGUGCUGCGUCGUGCCGUCCGUGGAGUCUGUCUCCGCCUGGGUCGAGCACCGUCGGUCGCACGAAAGGCACGAAUCCAGUCGCCCGCAUACCUUCUUGCCUAGGUACCUCUUUCGCACGCGGGAGCUGCACCGCUAUCCAGCGGCGCUCGUCCCCCGCCGCCAACUACCGCCAGACUCUCUCUUCCACUCUCCGCCUGCGGGCCUCUUGUUUCUAUAUCCCCCCCUCCCCCAGUCCCUUUACUGCCCCCGUACGGAUGGCGCCCCACAACGACGUCGAGGCCUUCCAAGAGGUGCUCCGGAACAGUCGCCGGGUUCUCGCCCUCUGUGGGGCCGGCCUGUCUGCGUCGUCCGGGCUGCCGACCUUCCGCGGCGCCGGCGGCUACUGGCGGAGCCACGAUGCCACCAAGCUGGCCACGAUGCAGGCCUUCCGCACCGACCCGGGCAUGGUGUGGCUGUUUUACGGCUACCGCCGCCACGCCUGUCUGAGGGCCGCGCCGAACCCGGCACACCGGGCCCUCGCCGCCCUGGCCAAGGGAAACCGGGAUUUCCUGUGUCUGACGCAGAACGUUGACGAUUUAUCGCAACGCGCCGGUCACCCGCCCGAGCAGCUCAAGAGCCUGCACGGCUCGCUCUUCGACAUCAAGUGCAGCGCCGACGGCUGCGACUGGGUGCAGCGGGGCAACUUUGAGGAUCCCUUUUGCCCGUCCCUGGCGCCCGCUUCCGAGGACCCGCCGCCUGGCGAGACGCUGCCACUGCUGGACCCGUACCAUCGCAUCAGGCACAUCCCCGAGGAGGAGCUUCCCAAGUGCCCCAAGUGCCAGGCCGGGCUGCAGCGCCCGGCCGUCGUGUGGUUCGGGGAGUCGCUCGACGCUACCAUGCUUGCGGACAUUGACGCUUGGAUGGGCCAGGGCAAGGUGGAUCUCAUGCUCGUGGUGGGCACGUCGGCCCAGGUGUGGCCUGCGGCGGGCUACAUCUCCAGGGCGCGAAGACACGGCGCCCGCAUUGCCACGAUCAACCCCGAGGCGGAGGAGGAGGCAGACGUGCUCAAGGUGCCCCCUGGUGAUUUCGCCUUUGGUCAGGACGCGGCGAUAUGCCUGCCGCUGCUGCUGGAGCCGGUCAUUGGCAAGAUGGGAGAAGACGGCGAGUUCAAAAAGGGGUGAUGGCGGGCGGCGGCGUGAACCAUUGUCUGCGGUUUCCUAGCUAUGGUGCAGCUGGCGGGGUGUUAGGGUUUGGGGCGGGUAGCGACGCAUGUUGUUCUUGAGCCCCUCUCCGCCUUGGACGAGGGACUGUCAGGCUUCGUCACUGGGUCUCAUGGGUAUAAAAUAGAGUGACUUGUCGCGGGGGGGUUCAUGCCGGAAUGGAUAGCGCUGGGCGGCGACGGCGCGCUUUGGGUCUGGGAUCAUGAUUUACGAAACGAAUGCUCUUAAUUUUGUUAUCUACGUCUGUCGUCUACGAGUUUCACAAACAUUGAUCGGGGAAGCGGGGGAAGCGUGUCGCGAUGACGGCCUGCACGAGGGACGACGGGCCGACUUCGGAGUCGUUAUGGUGGGUAAAUGGCUUUGAGCCGGGAAUACUGGUUUCUGCUACUGUACUUCAUACGAAGGAGUUCCGUGUAAGUGUCGCUGACGGGGAAUGCUGGCUUCCAACGUUAGUUACUUUGUACGGAUAAGUGGCAAAGUGGUUCUAACGGGGGUGGGCAGCGCAUCCACCCUUGACGAUGCUACUAUUUCGUACUACCCCUCAGAUGAGGUUGACGGACUUUCCAUCUAGUCGUCUCAGG